UCCACGCAUGAUUGCCAUUGGAGGAGCAAAACCAGUCGCGGGCGCGUGUCGGAGUCAGUGAUAGUACCAUGUCCUUAGCCGAAGGUGCUUCUGAUACAGAACAGAGGCAAGAAGAAGAUAAGAAUCAGAAGAAAGAGGGACGAGGUUCGAUGUCAGACUCAUACAUGUGGAAGGAACAAAUCCAUACGAUGAUGAAGGGCGGAGAGAGCGAGUCAGAUAUAUCUGAUUCAGAACACUUCCUUACAAAAGGGGCUUUCCUUCUCACUCCCUCACAUGGCCUCAGCAUGGAGAAAGCCUCGACGAUCUGCGAGAAAAUGGAGUUCAAAGGGUGUUUCUCUUUGACCAAGACCGCAACCGGGAUACUCUUUAAGUUCUCAAGCGUUGAUGAUUACCAAAUGGUCUUCAAGAAGGGAUUCCACAAAGUGACAGGAUCCAGAUUUUAUAGAAAGAUUGCAAUCCCAUGCCGUCCACAGAAGACCUUCACAAUCUAUGUGUACGAUAUUCCUGAUGAGAUCCCGGAGGAGGAUGUUCGGCAUGCCCUGUAUAAGUUUACUUCUGUUGUUGAAGUGGUGCGGCUCCAUUACUCUGGCUCGCCUAGAGAGACUGGAACUGGAGCAUCUACACCGAAGCCUUCUGAAAAAUCGCAGUCUCGUGCCAUAACCACCAUCGACGGUGAGCUCGUCAGCAGCAUGAUCCCAAAAGAAGCUUCCAGUGUCAUGCGUAUCACCCUCGCCAAUAUAGAAGAAGCUAACAUUCUCCUGCAGAAUGGUCUUGAUUUCUAUGGAGCGACAUAUUUCCCGACUGAACUUGGCACUCCAGCCCAAGCUGCCAAGCUUGUAAAACCGAGCAGAGCAUAUUAUUCCAGGGUGACAGGAGGAACUGUAUCAGCCAGGGUAAGAGAUCUACUUCCAGUGUUUGAUCAGCAAGGUUUCACUAAAUUCGCUCCCCCUGCAUCAAGACUCGUCAAGCCAAGAUCGAAAUAAACACCAAAAACGGCCGUACUUAAUCGAAUCAUUGUAAUAGAAUAUUGUUUGAAAUAACAUUUUGAUGGCGUAUUAGGCGAAAUUAAAUUUUGUAACUUUAUAUUCUAAUCAUAAUAUUGUACUUCUUCCUCAUGUUCUAUACUUAAUUGUGAUUUUAUUAAUAUUGCUUCAAUUUUACUAUGUACCAAUUUGCAUUUAUUAUUAAUGUUUUGACAAAAUAUUUGUGCCAUCUAACUUUAUAAUAAACAGUGUUAAUAUAAA